GAAACCGCCGAAAUGCGCCAGCGUUUGAUGAAAACGUUGGAAGAACGUGCUAAACAAGGUCAGGCAAAUUUCGUGAUGACGUUGCUUCCGGUUUUGGACAAUCUGAAUUUAGCGGUCAAAGCGAGCGAAACGGAUUCUUCGUUCGAGCAUCUUCUCGUCGGCGUGAAAGGAACGGCGCGUUCGUUUGAACAGGCUUUGAUGAACGUCGGCGUUGAACCGAUUGCGGCGAUUGGCGCAGAUUUCAAUCCCGAAUUUCACGAAGCGGUCGAAAUGGUCGAAACCGAUGCGGAAAAUGACGGAAAGAUCGUCGGCGAAUUUGCGCGCGGAUAUAAAUUCGGCGAAAGAUUACUGCGUCCGGCGCGUGUUCAGGUCGGGAAAGGAAAAGUUCAAACGGCAGGCGAAUAA